CUCUCAAGAAAUAGAGAGAGGGGAUAUCUUUAUUGUUUUUUAGUCAUAACCGAACUUAUUGUUUCUCAUAAGUUUUAAUCAAUCGAAUCACGACAAUCAGUAAUAAUUAUAGUAAUGCACAUUUAGAGAUCGAUUUAGUAUGUCACUAUAUGUUUUACAAAAGUGAAAAACCAAAUCAAUAAAUACUUACGAAUAGAGAUUAUAUAUUUUAUGUGCAACGUUAAAUCAAACUAGAAUCUGGGAAAUAAACUGUACAUCUCACAUAUAUUUGAUGUUCAACAUUAAAUCAAGCUAGAAGCUGGAAAAUAAACUGUACAUCACACACAGGGAUUUUAAUAAAUUAUUGCAACGCAGUUGGGAAUAUAAUUGUUUACAUUAAGUGUCAUAUAUUACCUUUCUGGGAUUAUAACAGAGGACGACAAUUGGGCACCGGCAUCUAUGGAAUAUGAAGUCAUCUUCAACGUUGAAGAAAAUCCGGAGAUCUGUUGCUUCACAUAAUGUAUUCAUACAUUUUAGUCUCGUGCUCGGUGGUAUUUUCUUACUGGUACACUGGAAGUUGCUCAAGUUUCAGGAAGAGUCUCAUAUUGAAAUUCUAAGAGGCUCGAGAUAUUCCAAGGACAUCACAAUGAAAGACAAUCACAGUGAAAACAAUUCAAAAAGAACUCCCAAUGACAGUUAUUGCAAAUGGGACACCUUUACAUGGCUUGAAAAAGUGCAUAGGGCCAGGAUGAAACACCUUAAGGACGCAUGCGCAAAGCUAAAACUCGAACGCAAACUUAAAACAUACGGGCAUUUUUAUGUUGACGAUGAACACAAACUUCUUAUAUGCCCAGUUGCAAAAAUCGGCUGUUCGUUCUGGAAAGCAGUUCUUUUAAUAACAUCAAAGAGGGUCGUAGAGAGAAACCCACUAGACAUGUUAUCCGGAAUAAACUCUGAAUCGUUUCCUCAGUUGAAUUUUGAUCCGCCAGAUGUCCGGAAAAUAAAACUAGAUUCGUAUACCAAAGUCAUAUUUACUAGAGACCCACUCUCCAGAUUGUAUUCGGCGUACCAAGAUAAAUUUGUCAACUUUAAUGAAGUUUACUGGGGAUUUGGGAAAAUGGCUGUCCAAUUAUUUCGUGAAAAUGCAACAGAAAAAUCUUUAGCAAACGGCCAUGACAUCACAUUUGAGGAAUUCUUAAGACUUGUCGUAUUCAACUUUGAGACUCUUGGCAAGGUCGAUUCUCAUUGGUUCACUACAGAACAUGCCUGUCAUCCUUGUGACACCGACUUUGACGUCAUAGGUCGCAUGGAAACAUUUGACACGGACGCAAAAUAUGUACUAUGUACUUCUGGAAUGCAAAACAUUAUUCAGCUUCCAGAUGAAGACAAGACAGCCAAUAUUCUUAGAAACGUACGUAAAGAUACUUACGCUGCUUUUCAACGAAAGACUGCUCUAACGAAUUUGAUAUUCACAGAAAGGGAAUUUUUAGAUAGACUUGUUAGUAACUUUCUGCGGCAUGGCUACAUCAGGUUCCCUGUUAGUAUCCCAUUGAACUCAACGAACGAAGAAGCUCUCCAAAUUCUCGAGAAACAAAUCCAAUUGGAAGCAAGACAUUCCGAAAAAUUUCGAACUGCCACAAAAGAUCCAUUUAAGAAUAUACCAAGAGAUUUAUUAGAUAAAGUAAUGGAUCUUUAUAAAUUCGACUAUGAAUUAUUCGGAUAUGAAAGAAGAUAAACAAACAUCAAUAGAGCCGUGAUUCUGUAAAUUUGUAUUAUUUUUUCGUUUAUUGAGAAAGUCUGUAAUAACAUACAUUGGAAUCAAAAUCUACUUUUUAUACAAAAUAAUA